CACGCGCACCACGAGCGAGCUUAUUUUACCGUCAGCGAUCACGGAGGCGUCAUCACACGCACGAGCGCUGUCCGUUUGAAUCACUGGGCUUACAGCCGCGUAUCCUUCACACCGCUAGAAGUCGGAUGAUUUGCAUAUGAAAACGUAUUUAACCAAAUACUAAACAGAAUCUGGAUUUAACGCACUGAACCUUUAUAUGGACUGCGCUCUUUGCAGCAUUCUGCGUGUUUCCCCACUGUAUUUUCCCCGUAGAUAGUAGUCAGAUUUCAGUAUAAGGCGAAAUGGCAACGGACGAGCUGUCAUCGAAGCUGACCCGCAGGCUGCAGAUCGAGGAGGGCGAGCACGACCCGGUGGCCCUGGACGGGGCUCACGAGAACGGAGCGCACGAGAAAGCGGCCACGGCCAGCGCGGAUUCAGAGCUGGGAGCCAAGCUGCAGCGGCGCGGCGAGCUGAACGACGGCAUCGGUGGACACCAGCAGCCCAGCAUGAAGGUGUUCAACCCAUACACCGAGUUCAAGGAGUUCUCGAGGAAGCAGAUCAAAGACAUGGAGAAGAUGUUCAAACAGUAUGAUUUAGAGAAAGAUAACUUCAUCGAUCUGAUGGAGCUGAAGCUGAUGAUGGAGAAACUCGGAGCACCUCAGACUCACCUGGGCCUGAAGAACAUGAUCAAAGAAGUAGAUGAGGACUUUGAUGGCAAACUCAGCUUUAGAGAGUUUCUUCUUAUCUUCAGAAAAGCAGCAGCAGGAGAGCUGACAGAGGACAGCGGGCUUCAUGUCUUGGCACGUUUGUCAGAGAUUGACGUGUCAACUGAGGGAGUGAAGGGAGCCAAAACAUUCUUUGAGGCAAAAGUGCAGGCCAUUAACGAAUCAAACCGGUUUGAGGCAGAAAUCCGUCAGGAGCAGGAAGAGAAGAAGCGUCAGGCGGAGGAGAGGAAACAAAGACAAGCCGCUUUCAAAGAGCUGAAGUCAGCCUUCAAAUAGCCUCAUCCACCUCGACAGCCUCGAUUUACUCGUCACGUUUGUCCGUCUGUCUGCCAUUAGAGUCCCCCGCAAUCAGAGAUACUAUGCAAGGCUGUGAAAUGCUCAGAGAUCCAUGCAGAUUCAUCUUGAGAGAGGGACACCUGUGUAGUUUGUGCUCAUGAGCAGAUGUUGGUGUUGAAAUCGUCUGUUUAUCGUCGCCUGCUUCUCUCGCUCUCUCUCAGGCUGAUUUUAAAUGUGAAGCCAGAUACUGAUCUCAAUACACUGGAUUGGAUUUGUUCUGUUUCAGCCGCACGUGUGUGUGUGUAUAUAUAUAUGUACUGUAGUCCAUUCACCCCAUCAGUUUCGUUUUAGUUUGAAUGGCAUUUUGUCUUGUUCUCGUCAACGUGUCAGUAGAGUAACAUUUUAAAGGUUUUUUAAUCAACUAGUACUCUCAGUAUGCCAUAUCCAGUCCGUUGUAUUCAUAUCAGUGGCAAUUUAAGCAGGAAAUGCUUUUCACUGUACCGGGACUAAUUCAACUUUCAUUGUUGACCAUUUGAACAUGAGAGGACAAACAUUAGCGUACACCAGACCUCUGCUCUCGUUCACAGAUACAUUAAAUAUAUUUUUAUUGAGCGGAGAGAGAGAGAGAGAUGGAGAAGUGGUUUUGGGUGUAUGUGCAUGUGUGGUGAUGAUUGUAAUUGUGUUUGUUGAGCGUUUAUCAAUGUUUUCUUGCAUGGUCACCGUGGUGUCGUUUUUCCUACAUGGUUCCCUUUAGUCUAUAAGUUGUCCAGUGUUAAAUGUGGCACACACAGGCUUACAAUUAGUCUUUAAGAUCAAAAUGAUGACAUGAAAUGGCUGUAAAUUUGAAACGGCUUACUUUUGCCUUACAAAAGUAAGUCAUUACAGUUUCAUUUCUUCAGCUUGUGUGUUUGAUGUCGAUGGAGGUCGAUAGUCAUCUGACUGUUUAUACUCUGAACCCCUGUAUUUUGUGCUUCCUGAACAGUUAACUGUAACAUGCUUACAGGGUUGGUCAGAUACCACAGAUGGCGUGAAAUCCUCCUCAGCUUUUAUAUAAAGGGAUAGUUCACCCAAAAAUCAUUUACACACCCUUGUGUUUUUCCAAACAUGAAUAGCUUUCUUCUGUGGGACACAAGGGUUUACUUUGGAAAAAGUUUACACUGUUUUUGUGCAUAUAAUGAAAGUCAGUGGGAUCCAGAACUACAUUGAACCCCCUUAAAAAAACACAAAUAUCACUGAGACGUUUUUCUUUGGUGUGAGAAGUGAGAAAUUCAUACAGGUUGGUAUGACAUGUGGGUGAAUUAUUUUGGGUGAACUUUCCCUUAAGAGUCAACUCUCUAAAUCUAAAUCUGGGUUGCUUAAUAUUAUUCAAAUUAUGACCAAAAUUACAAGCCUUGCAGAGCAGCCCAUGCUCAGUGAGAUAAGGUAAAAUCAAAAAGGUUUUCAAGCAUAGAAUAUAGACAUCAUUUGCUAAUGAAAUAUGCAUGGCUUUUCUGUAGAGCCAGUGCAUGUAAUUCAACAUCUAAAUGAAAGAAUGCCAUGCGUCUGAAUAGGAUCUAAUAUUAAAGUAUUUAGUUAAAAAAAAAAUAGAAUAGGUUUCAAAGUUUACUGUGACAUCAUCUGAAAAAUGAGGGAACAUUUCUAAUGAAAUCAUCCAAAAGCGUAAUGAAUUUAACCUUUUAUGGUCAUGUGACAUGCAGUACACUGUGGCAAAGGUAACUGAGAUGCUAUGUAUAAAGACAAAUCUAUAUUUUCAUGUGAUGAAAAUCUAAAAAUUAUUUUAGUUUUGUAUGGAAAGGGGUCUUGUGAAAAGAAACGUUCUUAUUUUCUCAAUAUGAAUUGCGUUGCCUACAAUCUUGUCUCCCUUUGGUUCUCCAUGUAUCUGAUAUUCCUUAGGGUUUUCCAUUACAAUCUAAUCAGUAAAGGCAAAAUACCCUUUAGUCUUUUCUAUAAUGGAGACAAUAAUGUUGGCAAUUGCUGUGCUUCAUGUUGUUCUUUGUUUUUGUGUUCCGAGUCACUGGUAAAUGUCCCUGUUUGCUCACUAGUUCUGUGGAAAUUCAAAUAAUAGGUGUAUAAAUAUUUGUCUCCCAAUCUGUCCAGCUAUCCACAUGUUCUUUUUCUUUUGUUAUCUACUGUUCAACUAAAAGAUAUUUAAAAUAUUGGCUGUUAAAGGGUGAAUGUGGUCUAUAUGUUAUUGAAUGAGGUGUCGACUGAUGACACCAAUCAAACAGCUGUUGCAUUCUGUUAGAAGCCAUAAACCAUUCCGUCAUUCCUUUUGAGAGAGUUUAGCUGUUCCAUUGUUGUCGUGCCAAAUGAUCUCUCACUGUGUUAAGCUAAUUUUAGUACAACAUUCCCUGAAAUCCAUCAGGAUACUUCUGAUCAGCAGAGAUUUGAAUUAAUAUGAGCACAGCUAAUUGGAAUUUAGAUUGAACAUCACUGAUCUACAGUGUUAAAACUUAAAAAAAAUAAUAACUCUUAAUUAAUUGGUAAAAACCCUUUUUACAGUUUUGGCUUUAUAAUUAAUGUUUGCACAUCUGAAUAAUCACAUUAGAGCUUUGACAGUAUUAACUUCUGUGGGGGAAAAAACGCUCCUUCCAAUGCAGAUAACACACAAACAUUUUUAAACUUUUUUUUUCUUUUCUUUUAUUAUUUUUUUUCUGUGAAGUGUAAUGCCAGGAAGACUAAAAAUGACCGUGUAGUUAAAUUUCACAAUUUCAUCUUAUGGCAUGUUUUUGUUGUUUAAUUCAUCAUUCCAGUGAUUUGACAAUGGUUGAGAGGGCCU